AUGGCUGAGAAGCAGAAGCACGACGGGCGGGUGAAGAUCGGACACUACGUGCUCGGGGACACGCUGGGCGUCGGCACCUUCGGCAAAGUGAAGAUUGGAGAACAUCAACUGACAGGCCAUAAAGUAGCAGUUAAAAUCUUAAAUAGACAGAAGAUUCGCAGUUUAGAUGUUGUUGGAAAAAUAAAACGAGAAAUUCAAAAUCUGAAACUCUUUCGUCAUCCUCAUAUUAUCAAACUAUACCAGGUGAUCAGCACACCAACGGACUUUUUUAUGGUAAUGGAAUAUGUAUCUGGUGGUGAAUUAUUUGACUACAUCUGUAAACAUGGACGGGUUGAAGAAAUGGAAGCCAGGAGACUCUUUCAGCAGAUUCUGUCUGCUGUGGAUUACUGUCAUAGGCAUAUGGUUGUUCAUCGAGACUUGAAACCAGAGAACGUGCUCUUGGAUGCACAGAUGAAUGCCAAGAUAGCUGAUUUCGGAUUAUCUAAUAUGAUGUCAGAUGGGGAGUUUUUGCGAACUAGUUGUGGAUCUCCAAAUUAUGCAGCACCUGAAGUCAUCUCCGGCAGAUUGUAUGCAGGUCCUGAAGUUGACAUCUGGAGCUGUGGGGUUAUUUUGUAUGCUCUUCUCUGUGGCACCCUCCCAUUUGAUGAUGAGCAUGUACCUACAUUAUUUAAGAAGAUCCGUGGGGGUGUUUUUUAUAUCCCAGAAUACCUCAAUCGUUCUAUUGCCACUCUCCUGAUGCAUAUGUUGCAAGUUGACCCUCUGAAGCGAGCAACCAUCAAAGACAUAAGAGAGCAUGAAUGGUUUAAACAAGAUCUGUCCAGUUACUUAUUUCCUGAAGACCCCUCCUAUGAUGCUAACGUCAUUGAUGAUGAAGCUGUAAAAGAAGUGUGUGAAAAAUUUGAGUGCACAGAAUCAGAAGUAAUGAACAGUUUAUAUAGUGGUGACCCUCAAGACCAGCUUGCAGUGGCUUAUCAUCUUAUCAUUGACAAUCGGAGAAUAAUGAACCAAGCCAGUGAGUUCUACCUCGCCUCUAGUCCCCCAACUGGUUCUUUUAUGGAUGAUAGUGCCAUGCAUAUUCCCCCAGGUCUGAAACCUCAUCCAGAAAGGAUGCCACCUCUUAUAGCAGACAGCCCCAAAGCAAGAUGUCCACUGGAUGCGCUCAAUACGACGAAGCCUAAACCUUUAGCUGUAAAAAAAGCCAAGUGGCAUCUGGGAAUUCGAAGUCAAAGCAAACCAUAUGACAUUAUGGCUGAAGUUUACCGAGCUAUGAAGCAGCUGGAUUUUGAAUGGAAGGUGGUGAAUGCAUAUCAUCUUCGAGUAAGAAGAAAGAAUCCAGUGACUGGCAACUAUGUGAAAAUGAGCUUACAGCUUUACCUGGUUGACAACAGAAGCUAUCUCUUGGACUUUAAAAGCAUUGAUGAUGAAGUGGUAGAGCAGAGGUCUGGUUCAUCAACACCUCAGCGUUCCUCUUCUGCUGCUGGCUUACACAGACCAAGAUCAAGUUUUGACUGCACAACUGCAGAGGGCCAUUCACUUUCUGGCUCUUUCACUGGCUCCUUGACUGGCAGCACGUUGUCUUCAGUUUCACCUCGCCUUGGCAGUCACACCAUGGAUUUUUUUGAAAUGUGUGCCAGUCUGAUCACUACUUUAGCCCGUUGAUGAUCUGUCUCUAGUCUCUGUGUUUCUGUUAUUGCACUGUGAAAACCAGAUAUAUUCUUGAAAUUAUUAUUUUACUCACUACUGGAUAUCAUACUCUGCAGUGCUCACUGAGAGAUGUAAAUACCUCCAAGGGUUAGUUAGUGCCAUUGAAAUUACUGAAGACAAAAAAGUGUGACAUUUUAUUUCUCUGUUGAAAUCUGUGAUUUAGUUUGGCCUGUGAUAAUUCACAUAGGCAGCUUUUUUUUAAUAGAUGAACAAUAAUGCAGAUUAUUGUUAAUUUUAAAUUGUGAGUUCACUGCAGUAUGAUUAAUACACCUUCAAUGAUGAACUGUCACAAUCUGAGAAUUUGGCAGCACUCACUUGCUUUACUGUUUGGUGUAGGUAAAUCCAGUGUAUUUCCUAAAUUUUAGCAGGCUUUAAGCUGUGUUUAUACCCUCAAUUUCUCUUGCACAAGAUCAAGAAAACAAACCAUUAGUAAGAUCAUAUUUAAAUGUUUAAAUCUUUAAAAGACUGCCCCCACAAUUUCAGAAGCCAAGUUCUUCUAGCAGUUUUUGCAAAUACUGCAUAAUGUUCAGUGGAAGGGCUGUGGUCCUUUUACAGGUAUCCAUAAUUUCCAAGUUCCUUAAAAACAGCUAUAACCAACU